CUCGCGCUGCAUAUCGGAUCUGUGUCUCCGUACAGCAGGAUAGAGUGUGUGUAGAGUGUGUGUAGAGUGUGUGUAGAGUGUGUGUAUAAGCGGAUCGGGGCAGUGUGGAUAAUCUGCAGCUCUGAUAAACACCAUGAGCCAUUUAACCCCAGGGCUAAUUGGAGCGUAUAACAGUCUGACAGACAAACACCUGACUGCGUACUUUAACAACGUCCGAAUACGGAGACAUCUGCAGAGAGUCGGACUGAUCAGCCGGAGUGGGCGUGUUGUGUCAGAAAAGGAGUUCAGGUAUAAGAUCAUACACAGAGAUCAGCAGCGACACGUACGAGAAUGUCUCGCUCAGGCCAUAUUCCACAGAGUGCUGGACAUGGAGCGUCUGCAUCAGACAGAGAUCAGAAGGAAACUGGAGGAAUAUUCCAGGAGAGAGCGUGUGAAUAAAAUGAAGGUGGAGCGCUGUAACAGGUACGAGGACGAUCCGGUCAUCAUCCUCUCUCCACGCCCACCGACCCGACUGAGGAGUUCACACGCUCGGCAUUCUGGGCCAGAGAGGGAACCAUCCGACUCCACCGACUCGUUGGAUUCGUCCAGGCCGAACACGGCUCCAGAGAAAACUCAGCGUCCGGUUCGCCUGAAGCCUCUGAACUGUAACAGCAUUCAGACAUCAACCAAGAGAAACUCGUCUCGUUCACAGAACCAUGAGAUGGACAGAGACGUGAUGAGACACUUGACGCUAACAGAUUUCUCCAGCUCCGUCUCUCCGUAUCGUCUUCCUGUCAUUAAUAACUUCGUGACCCCGGUUCCUCCACGUAAGAGGAAGGACAACCUACAGAGCGGGACCCUGCGAGUUCGAAGGUUACGGCCCACUACGGCCCCUAGUGACGCUCCUGAUAUGAAGGAGGGAGCUGUUCAGCGGGCGUGGUCUCGCAGUGUGGUGUGGGUGAAGAUGGUGUACUUUGGGAAGAGUGUGCACCUGUCACAUGAGCUGGUGGAGCUGAAGGAUGAGGUGAAGGUUUUCCAGCAGCACUGUGGGGGUGAAAAUCUCUGUGUUUAUAAAGGAAGACUGAAAGAAGGAGAAUCAUUUCAGUUUGUGUCUCGGCGUCACCAUGGCUUCCCCUUCAGUUUAACUUUCUACCUGAACGGGCUGCAGGUUGAGCGUCUCAGCUCCUGUUGCGAGUUCAAACACAGGAAGAACUCACGGCUUGGAGGACGCCACGCCCACUUUGGCUUCUCCGGGGUUGAAGGAGCCACUCCUUGCUAUAGGUGUAUCAUUGCAAUGGGCCUGGAUAAAAAACCCACUCCACCAAAGAAGAUCAGAAAUGAUCCACUUGUCUCCAGGUCCUGGGAAAAUGAGGAAGAAGAGGAAAAAUGCUCGCAGUCUGAAUCCAGCCAAUCACACAACACUGAGAGCAAGAGAAACACCAAUCAGGAGCACACACGCAAAAACGGGUUUGAGGAAGACUUUGAGGCUGAUGAUGAAGGUCCUAUGGAUGAUGGAGUGGAUGAGGGAAAUGAAACAUCUCCGUCUCUUAUCCGAGAAGAGGAGGAUGAGAGAAGAAAGGAUGAAAAUGGAGAUGAGGACUUGAAGAGAAACAAAGUGAGAGGAUCAUCGUCCGUCUCCUCUGAUCUGUCCAGCAAUGAGGAAGAUGAAGAAGAGUUUGAGGAAGAGAACAAAAAAGAGGAGCUGAAGACUAAGAGACACAUGGCCACAUUAACAUCCAAAAAAAAUGCAGAAGAGACAGAGAACCUGCAAAUAUUCAGCACUUCUCAGCUCACUAAGAAUGAAACCCCAAACCAAGAGAUGGAACACACAGAGAGGGAAGAUGGAGAGGAUGAGGAACCCAGAGAAGCUGAGGAAUGCACAGAUGAUGCUGAGGAAGCAAAGGAAUCCAGGAAUGAAUCUGUAGAAGCUGAAGAACCCAUUGAUAAACCUGGAGAAGCUGAUGAACCCAGAGGGGAACCUGGAGAAGCUGAAGAACCCAGAGGGGAACCUGGAGAAACAGAGGAACCUGGAGAAGCUCAGAAAGCUAGAGAGGACCUCAGAGAGGGGAGAGAUGUAAAUGUGAAUAAGGAAGCAGAUCAGGCCAAGUCUGUGCAGGAGAAGUUUGCAGAAGCGCUUUUAAUGGCCGAGGGUGUUUCUGAACCUGAGCUCAGCGACUCCACCACUGAGGAAGAUGAGUUGGUGUCUGUGGAGAUCCAGCAGCUCGGUCCAGUUCCAGGAGCUGAGCCUGAAAGUAACAUGGCCCAGCAGACAACUGAUGAAGAAAAUGGAGCUGAAGAUGUACUAAAGGCCGACAGAGAACAAGCACAUGCAGAGGAACCCAAAGAGGAACCUGAUACACAAGAAACACCAGAACCUGAGACAAAAGCAGAGGAAAAAGAAAAUGACACGGACCAAACAGAAGAAAAAUCUCAAAACACAACUGAUGAAGAUGAACAUGUACAAGACGAGCAAAACAACAGUUAUGCUACAAAUGAAGACCAAAAACCAGAAAUUAAGCCAGACAGAACUGAUGGGGAAGAAGAACAAAAGCAAGAGGAGAAUAAUUUCACAAAUAAGGAGAAAUCAAAUGAAGAAACUGAAAUGAUGGAAAAGUCUGAGAAUAAAGAGCAACCAGAUGAAGAAGUGCCUAAACCUGAGAAAGAGACCAUAAAUGAAAAUUCAGUAAAUUCUGCAGAAACCAGAGCAGCUCCAGUGGAUGAAGAGGUCAGCAUGAUGGAGGAGACCACAGCGCUUCUGCCUGAGAACCGUAAAGAAACAUCUGUGAAUCACGAAAAUAUGGAACAGAAUAUAGAGCUAGAAAAAGGGCUGUAUGGAGAAAAUGUGUGUGCUGAAGGUCAGGUCAAUGAGGAGGUCAGAGCUGAUGAAGAGGAAACUUUUGCUGAAGAAUCAAGAAAUCUGAGGAAUAAUGCUGAAGAGACAGGAAAUGCCAUCACAGAAUGUGUUGAAGGUGACAUAGAAAAAAGCGAAUUGAAAAUAAAGCCUUUCUCAGUAAAUGAGGUGAAUUAUAAAGAUGUCACAUGUGAAGGUGAGAAAUCGGAAGAAACAGUGAAGGUACCUGAAGCCAAGGGAGAAGAAACAGAGGUGAGGAAUGGAGUGGAAGAAGAUAAGGAUGAGCUCACAGACAAAGGGAACAAUGAGGAUAAUCGAGAGGUGACUGAGGACAGAGAAGAUCAGAAAGAAUCCAUUUCCACAGGUCAAACAUCAGAUGACAAAGCAGAGAAUGACGUGGGAGAAAGAGAAGAAGAACUUACAGCAGAGAAAGAUGUUGAGCUAAAAGCUGACCAGGUGUCUGUCAGUGAAGGUAACAACACAGAGGACAAGAAACAUGAGCAAGAACUGAAGCAAAAUGAAUCUUUGAAAGAAACUGAGGUUGGAGAAAAUGAGCAAGAGAAUAUGAGUAAAGAUGGAGAAGAAAGGAUAGAUGUUGAUGGAGCUGACACAGAGAUGCAGGAACUAGUGAUGAAGCAAGAAGAUAACAACAAAGAAGAACAGAAUGCCAACUCUGCUUCCAGUGUUCAUGAAGCUCUACAGGAAACUAACGAUGGACCUGGGGUAAAACCAGGAGGGCUCGAAGCAGAACACAAAGAAGAAAUCAUUACUGUAGACCAGGAGGAGCUGGACAAGAAGGAAGCAGCUGGACCAGGGGAAGGGGAGGGAUGGUACAAUGAGGAGGAAAUAAAUGGAGACAUGGUUCAAGAAGGUUUGAAAGAGGAAGAGAUAAAUGAUGACAAUGAGAAAGAAGAGGACCAAAAAGAAAUACAUCAAGAGACAACAAAUGAAGAAGAUGAAGAGCAGGAAGUCAGUGAAGAAGAGUUUGAACAAAAACAAAAUAUACAGCAAGAGACAACCAAUGAAGAAGACGUAAAAGACGAGCAGAAAGACAAAGUGGAGAAGGUUCAACCUUUAAUAUCAGAAAACGAUAACAAUGCUGCGACUAAGGAUGAACCUUCAUCAGAAGCCAAAACUUCUGCGGAAGAUCCUGCAGGUGCUGAGUCAGAACCCAAAGACACAAAUGUUGACCUUAAAGAAAAAGAGAGCAGGGGAGGAGCCGACAAUCACAUGCAAUCAUCAACUGAUUAUAAAAAGGACAAAAGCACCGAUGCUCCAGAAGAAAGCAGGAGUGUAGAAGGCAGCAUUUCUCCUUCAGAAGGAUCUCAGCCAGUGGAGAAAGAUCUGGUCGUAAAAAGAGAGGAGAGAGUAGCCGAACUCAUCGUCGCUCCUCGGACAGAUCACGAAGAGCUGGUAAGUAACUGGGUAAACGUUCACCAAGAGUCAAACUACUUUGAGACAUUUGUUGAGCCGCUGGACGAGAUAAAGAUCCUCGACAGCGAGAGGACCGGAAACACUGAAGCUCAGGAAACAGACAAGUCUCCUAGAAAUGAGGAAUCAUCUGAGAAUGCCAAAAGUGAGCAGAUCAGCCUGCUAGAGAUCAGCGAGCAUGAAGACCUGCAGGACACGGUGGUAGAAAAUUUCAACAUGGAGACUGAAGCUUUAGGAGUAGAGGAAAGAAAUCCAGCCUCUAGAAACCCAUCAGAAGAAGAAGAGAUUCAAAAACAAAUUGACUCUGAGCAACCUCCAGAAGAUCAGGAAGAUGUUGCUGUAAAUAAAGUCAUGAACAUUUCAGCAACACCACUCAUGAAGACUGAAAUUAGCCAAGAUAGUUAACAUUAUCCAUAACCCCGACCUCAGCUUCUCCAAACAUUCUGACCUCCAUUAGUAACCCACCAGGAGGAACCGCAGGAGAACCACAGCGACUCUACAACCAGUCUGAGUUUACUAAAGCAGAAAUUUCUGGAAUUGUGCUUUCAUCAUUUUAAAUUUAUUCUUCUGAUUUCGAAGCUGCUUCAUCGAAUCUCUCACUUUCCCUCAGCUGGAUCUUGGAUCAGACGCUGAACUCGACAUUGUCCUUCACCUGAGGAGCAAAACUCAAUAUUCCAGCAGGAGAAUAUUUUUUCUUUCCCAAACACCAAGAGAAUGAUGAAUGAAGUUAUUUGUAAAUAUAAACAGCAGCAAUA